AUGGAGCCUCAAAAACCAUCAGAGCCUUCUCUCUCUGAAACUUCAACGAUUAUCUCAGCCUCAAAUGGCUCACCAUCCACCCUAGGAACCACAAUGGAUACUACCCACAAAGAAGAAAAGCAACCGCAAGACAAAGAAGAAGAUGAUCCCGUACUGGAUCUGCGCUUCUCCAAUCAAGAAUCGAGCCAAGAACUGAAUUUCAUCGACUGUUUCAAGGUGGUGGACUCAUCCUCUGAUCAUGAUCAAGAUCAAGGUAAUGAAACUGGGCCUAAAGUAUUUUCAUGUAACUACUGCCAAAGAAAAUUUUAUAACGCACAGGCUCUGGGAGGCCACCAAAAUGCACAUAAACGAGAGAGAACACUGGCGAAACGAGGCCACCGGAUUACUGUUGGUGGUGGUGUAGCGGCUUUAGGUUACCCUAAUACACAUCACGGGCGAUAUUAUAGCAUGGCGUCACUUCCUCUGUAUAGCUCUAGUUUCUGUAAACCACUUGGAGUUCAAGAGCACUCCAUGAUCCACAAGCCAUCUUUUGUUCCAUGCCGUAAUGGAUGGUCUAGACGGCCCGUUGCUCGAACACGGCCAACCGAGCAUCUUUCAAUGGGGAGUUUGAAUCUAGGGGGUAAUGGCGCUGCUAGAUUCGAAAGCGGUAUGCGUACGUUUGGUCCAGCCAUGGAAGGAACGGGAGGAUUUUUGUGGGAUACUGUUAAGCAUUUCAAUAGUAAAAAUGAUGAGUUGAAGCUUGACUUGUCUUUGAAGCUCUAA